GAAAGCCGAAUUGCUUGCAAAAUUGUCUAACGGUUCACAACAAGCGUUAAUUCCACCAGACUAGCGAAUUUACUAAGGAUAGCGCAGCUGCUUAUGAAAGCCUUGACCUCGGCGCCCAUGGCUUCAGCUACCUUUCAUAAGCUACUACGAGCUCCCGUCAGUGUGCCGCAACUGCUAGCUCCUGUGGCGCCUGCGCUUGCUGGGGCCAACUCGUGGCGGCCAACGCUCCACCAUCCCUGCGCCAGGCGACAGUGCUGCACGACGUCUUCGUCAGCUGCAGCAACAGCACCUGCAGCUGACCACCCCACGCCCGCACCCUCGGCCACCGCCUCCACCUCAACCGCCGCUAGCAGCAGCACCAACUCCAACCCCAGCACCCCAACCACCCCAACCACCCCAACCACCUCCGGGCCCCACAUCUUCGCCAGCAGCACCACCCAUUCCGGCUCCAGCCUAACCCCCAGCAGGACCAGCAGCCCCAGCAGCUGGUACGCGGAGGAGGACUAUGACGUGAUUGUGGUGGGUGCGGGCCACGCCGGCUGCGAGGCGGCGCUGGCGGCUGCGCGGCUGGGCUGCCGUACACUGCUGCUGACCCUCAACCUUGACCGCAUUGCAUGGCAGCCCUGCAACCCCGCGGUGGGUGGCCCCGCCAAGUCCCAGCUGGUUCACGAGGUGGAUGCGCUGGGUGGCGAGAUCGGGCGCAUGGCGGACCGCACCUACCUGCAGAAGCGGGUGCUCAACCGCAGUAAAGGGCCGGCGGUGUGGGCGCUGCGCGCGCAGACGGACAAGGCGGAGUACUCGCGGGGGAUGCGGCGCGUGCUGGAGGAGCAGCCGGGGCUGGAGAUACGAGAGGCCAUGGUGGUGGGCCUAGACGUGGGCCCCAACGACGAGGUCCGCGGCGUGCGCACCUACUUCGGCAUCACCUUCCGCGCCCGCGCGGUGGUGCUCACCACCGGCACCUUCAUGAACGGCACCAUCUGGGUGGGCCGGCAAAGCAUGUCGGCGGGAAGGGCCGGCGAGGCCGCCAGCGUGGGUCUCACGGAGGCGCUGCAGGGCCUGGGCUUCGAGACGGACCGCCUCAAGACCGGCACCCCGGCCCGCAUCGAUGCGCGCUCCGUGGACUACACCGCACUGGAGCCGCAGCCGGGGGACGAGGAGGAGCGCUGGUUCAGCUUCGACCCCGCGGUUCACGUGCCGCGCCCUCAGCUGUGCUGCUACCUCACGCGCACCACCCCCGACACGCACCGCCUCAUACGGGAGAACCUCAAGGAGACGCCCAUCUACGGAGGCUGGGUGGACAGCAAGGGUCCCCGCUACUGUCCCUCCAUCGAGGACAAGAUUGUGCGGUUCGCGGACAAGGAGAGCCACCAGAUCUUCCUGGAGCCGGAGGGCAGGAACACGCCCGAGAUGUAUGUGCAGGGUUUCAGCACCGGCCUCCCCGAGCGCCUGCAGCUGGCACUGCUCCAAACCCUGCCCGGCCUGCAGCGCGUCAAGAUGCUGCGCCCCGCCUACGCGGUGGAGUACGACUACCUGCCCGCGCACCAGUGCCACCCCUCCCUGGAAACCAAGAAGCUGCAGGGGCUGUUCUUCAGCGGACAGCUCAACGGAACCACGGGUUAUGAGGAGGCUGCUGCUCAGGGUCUGGUGGCGGGUCUGAACGCGGGCCUUCGCGCGCAGGGCCGCCCGCCCGUGUCGCUGCCGCGCGAGUCCUCCUACCUGGGCACCCUGCUUGACGACCUGGUGACCAAGGACCUGCGGGAGCCGUACCGCAUGCUGACCAGCAGAUCCGAGUACCGGCUGCUGCUGCGAUCCGACAACGCGGACCGCCGCCUGACGCCACUGGGGCGGGAGGUGGGGCUCAUAGACGACCGAAGGUGGGAGCUCUUCACCGCCAAGCAGGCGCGCAUCGAGACGGAGAAAGCCCGAUUGGCGGCCACACGCGUGAAGGCGGACUCACCCCUGGCGCAGGCGGCAGCCUCCGUGUCCGGCCACGCAGUCCCCGGCAGCCCCACCCUGGAGGAGCUGCUGCGGCGGCCGCACGUGCACUACCACCUACUGCAGCAGCACGGGCUGGGAGGCGGGGAGGGGCUGGCGGGGGUGGAGGCGGAGGCGGCGGAGGUGGACAUCAAGUACGCGGGCUUCAUCACGCGACAGGAGAAGCAGCUGGCGUCGCUCGCGUCCAAAGCCUCCCGACCGCUACCGGCGGAUCUGGAUUACGCGGGCAUUGCGACGCUGUCGUUGGAAGCGCGGGAGAAGCUGGCCAAGGUCCGCCCGCGUGACAUCGGGCAGGCCUCCCGCAUCGGCGGCGUGAGUCCCGCCGACAUAUCCGCACUGCUCAUCCACCUUGAGGUGGCGAGGAGGCGGG